CGCAGCCUGGAAAAUACCGAGCUCCAGCGAGCGGUGGCCCCGAGCCCCCAGCCUAGCCCGGAGGGAGGGAAGGGGCGCGCGGGGCGGGGGGCGCGGGGCAGGCCGAGCGGCAGGACCACUGCUCCUCCCCCCAGACCCCCUGCGUGGCCCCGGGUCGCCGGGGUAGCGGUGGCGCGGAGGCUGCGGCGGUGCUCGCACUCCGGCCCCGGCGGAGCAGCGGGCACAGGUGAGCUGCCGGCCGGCGAGCGUCCACCCCGCCGGCACCCCGCCCCGCGCAGUUUCCGCGCCGGCGCCGCUGCCCGAGUCCCAGGAAGGUGGCGUCAGCAUCUGCAGCCGCGUCGACGUAGUUGGAACCUCCGCGGAGGACCCAGGAGAGCCGGACUAGGACCAGGGCCCUGGGUUUCUCCAUGGAGAAGUCGGCGGCCUCAACAGAGCCGCAGGGGCCUCGGCCGGUCCUGGGCCGCGACAGCGUCCAGGUACCCGACGACCAGGACUUCCGCAGCUUCCGGUCAGAGUGUGAGGCCGAGGCGGGCUGGAACCUGACCUACAGCAAGGCCGGUGUGUCUGUGUGGGUGCAGGCUGUGGAGAUGGAUCGGACCCUGCACAAGAUCAAGUGCCGGAUGGAGUGCCGUGAUGUGCCAGCCGAGACACUCUAUGAUGUCCUACACGACAUUGAAUACCGAAAGAAGUGGGACAGCAAUGUCAUUGAGACCUUCGACAUCGCUCGCCUGACAGUCAAUGCCGACGUGGGCUAUUACUCUUGGAGGUGUCCAAAGCCCCUGAAGAACCGUGAUGUCAUCACCCUCCGCUCCUGGCUCCCCAUGGGCACUGAUUACAUCAUUAUGAACUACUCAGUCAAACAUCCAAAAUACCCACCUCGAAAAGACUUGGUCCGGGCUGUGUCCAUCCAGACGGGCUACCUCAUCCAGAGCACGGGGCCCAAGAGCUGCGUCAUCACCUACCUGGCCCAGGUGGACCCCAAAGGCUCCUUACCCAAGUGGGUGGUAAAUAAAUCUUCUCAGUUCUUGGCUCCCAAGGCCAUGAAGAAGAUGUACAAGGCGUGCGUCAAGUACCCUGAGUGGAAGCAGAAGCAUCAGCCUCACUUCAAGCCGUGGCUGCACCCGGAGCAAAGCCCGUUGCCAAGCCUGGCGCUAUCGGAGCUGUCGGUGCAGCAUGCGGACUCACUGGAGAACAUCGACGAGAGUGCAGUGGCUGAGAGUCGGGAGGAGAGGAUGGGUGGUGCUGGCGGAGAGGGCAGCGACGACGACACCUCGCUCACCUGAGCCCCGAACUACAACAGGGACUGAGACAAGACGGGCAGAGCCCGGGGGUGGCAGAUCUUCUUCCAGCGCUUUCUCCCCUCCCACAUCCCCUGCGCCUCCUGAGGACGUUGGGCUCAGGCCUAGGUUGGCGCUGUGGCCUGGCUGGGCACAGCCCUAAUAAACAAUCCCACAGCCUCAA